AAAAGUAAAAAACGAUUUUUACAUGCAAAUUUUUACCUUUUUUGACGUUGGAAUUAAAUCGUUUGCAUGAAAUAAAUUAUUACCAUUUCCCGAAAGUCAUAAUUCUCAUAGUGUGCCUUUUGAACAACGUAAUAAACCACUCUAAUUUUCUCACCCCUAAGCGGCGUGUUUAUAAAUGUGAAACACGCGAACAGGUAAAAACCUCGGCCAUCAGCAGCAAUGCAUCAAGAAAAAAGAAAAAUGCGUGCGUCUUGGAUUAUAUUAUUAUUUUGGCUUGCGAACCCCACGCAUGAAUAAAACCAAGGGUGGAGGGAGAAAGGGGUGAGGAGAACAUGUGUGUGUGUGUGUGGGAGAAACGAAUGGACUUCGGCGGACCUAUGUUUUGAUGGGCACGAUGAGUGCGCGCCCGCUCCGGGGGAUUCAAAGUGGCAAAACUCUUUAGUUCCGCGUUGACAACGAGCCGGGCAAGUUCUGCGCGCUGUUCAGUUGGCUCUCGAGUGCGCUUGCGGACAAUACAAGUGACGUUAAAGUUUAUUAACGACCACGGAAAUGGAUAUUUUAUUCGCUACAUGGUUUAUGUUUUUAAUUAUGAUAAAAGAAAUUGAAAGUCUGAAAUCACUCGUCAUCAAAGUGCCCGAAUAUGUAAAGGUAAACGAUUCGGUAACGCUGGCAUGCGAGUACGACUUGGAGGACGUGGCGCUUUACACCAUCAAGUGGUAUUGGAACGGAAUCGAAUUCUAUAGAUUCGUGCCGAAGGAGUCGCCACCAUCGAAGGCAUUCACGAUCGCGAACUUUAACGUCGACCUCGCCGAGAGCGGCGCGAACGAAGUCACUUUGCGCCAGGUUCAAAAAGACUUAUCUGGUUUAUUCAAAUGCGAAGUGUCCGCCGACGCGCCGCUUUUUCACACCGAGCUUAAAGGCGCCGUUAUGAAUGUUAUCGAUGUGCCAAGCGGGGCGCCUCAAAUGGAAGUCAAUGCGAAACGGAUCGAGAUUGGGAAGAAAAUCACUGCUAGUUGUAGUGUCGACAAUACUAAACCAAUGACGAAUAUCACGUGGCAAAUUAAUUCUGAAUUGAUGGAUUCUUCAGAACCCUAUGUACGAAUACGUCCUACACGGUUAGUUGGGAAUAUGAUUGAAUCCCGAAUUGAAUUGGUCGCGUUAAAGCCCUAUUUUACUGCGGGUCCCAUGGUGCUCAGAUGUGACGCAACCCUGUUUAAUAUCUGGAGCAGUUUUACGGAGAGUUAUAUCCACGAAGAAGUCGCGUUUUUAGGACCUGUCUUAUUGUCUACCUCAUCGCAAACCCACGAACAGGACACGUUUGAUUUCUUUGGAUCUAACUCGACUUUACGACGCAACCCAACAUACUUCGUCUACGUGAUGACUAUUAUAUGCUGUUUGUCUUAUAUUUUUAUAAGAUAAUCGACUGUGUGGUAGUUAGCGUGUAGUUAUUGGAGUAGUUAGUGCCUCGAAUACUAAAUACCGAAUGCUAAUUGUAAAUGACGGCAAUAAUGAUUGAAAGACCCUCCAAAUUCAGGCGAUAUUUAUCGUUGAUAGAGAUACUACUACGUGUAUUGGACAACUGUAAUUAAGCGCUAUUUAUAAAUAUUUAUUAUUAUUAAGUUUUUGUUUUCGGACGGUUUGUGAAUAUGAUAUGAUAUGAAGUUUGAAAAUAAUUGAUGAAAGACUUAAUGACAUAAACUAUAUAAGUACUAAUAAUAAUAAUUAUUAUUAUUAUAAUAUGAAUAUAUACGUAUGUAUAUGCGAGUAACAAUAAAAUACGAUAUAAAAGUUGUGCUGCCAUAAAGUGAAGUAAAGAUAAAGUAAAAAUUG